UAUUAUUAGAAUUAUAUAUAUAUAUAUAUAUAUAUAUAUAUAUAUAUAUAUAUAUAUAUAUAUAUAUAUAUAUAUAUAUAUAUAUUUAAGUUUGAACGCUUAACAUUAGCACCGUAUGGUGCAAGUCUCUAAUUAAUAAGCAUGACAGAGAAGAAUAUUAUUUAUAGUCGACCUACAGCAGAGGAAAGCAAAGAAAUCUGCAACCGAGAUCCGAAGUUUUCGCAGAAAAAAGUCCAAAAAAAGAAGAGAUAUGGGCGACAACAUGCACACUCGUCAUCAACCAGUGCCUCACUGUAUUACGAGAAAGAUGUGGGAACUCCAAAACAUCGGUCAAGGAAAAGAUUUAAUGGUUGCAGCAAUGCCGAUUCCCCGAGUGAGGCCGAAAAUCUACAAGACAUCAUCUGGGAUCCUGCUUCACCACCCCCACUGAGAAAUGGAAAAGGAGCAGGAGAAAGUGUCAGAGUUGUGGAGAUAUCUGAGAUUGUGAACAGAAUUGCACCAAAUAAUGAGAAGCCUGUAGAUUCAGUGCUUCAGUGGAUUGGAGAUACUGCUAUUCCCUGCACACCGGAGAUUCAACCCAGAGUUCGGCGUUGCUCAUCACGCCGACAGAGUAACAAUGUUGAGGACUUGAUGAAACUCGCCAGACAGUUUGACCUGAACAUGACCCGCCAGCACAAAGAAAUUAAUCUUGCGAAGUUUCAGAAAAAUGAAGGAACAGAUUGUAAGGACUUGCAAACGGUCAACAACCUCACCUUCACCCACGCAAAAGAAGCAAAAGAACUAAGCCAUGAGGAGGAGCUGCAUGCUCUGUUUGAUGGACCAACCCAGCACUUGAGUGGAAGAUUAAGUCCUCCAUCAGUUAACUGUUCACAGGAGAGCAAGACUGAAAAACACGCUACUUAUGAAAUAAGCCCAGCCACUUCAGAUAGCAAGAAUCUCAAUGAAAAUGCUCUGAUUUCAGAAUCAUACUUUGAUGAUGACUGGGAGAAUGAUGAUCUUCUUAGUGAUCUGUUGGUGCUAGAGAUGGCCCAGAACCCUCAUCGAUUGAGUUCCUGUUCAAUGAAGACCACUAGUCAGAUAGGGUUUGCUGCUUCCAAAAAACCUACAACAACAGUCAGCUCCUGUGGAUCAAGCAGCAGAGCUGAUUCCCCACAGUCUCACCAGGUUACCAGUUAUUACACUGGAAUCUCUUCAGAAACUUGCACCAGUCCCAGUAUUUUCAGAUCAAAUGGUGUUGUUCAGUCUGGUGCAAUUAAGCAUCUCCCAGCAACCAGUGCUGAUUUGCGCAAAUCAAAUUCUGGAGAUUGGAAGGUGCAUGCAGUGAAUAAAAGGCAUCAGAUAGUUACGACUAAUGUUGGCCCCGGAGAUUUAUCACUUUCAUUUCAAGAAUCAGGGAAUGAGUUCGACACUCUGUGGGGUGAUGGAGAUGACAAUGAUGAUGAUCUGCUUUAUCAGGCUUGUGAUGACCUUGAGCGAAUAUCAGCCAGUCAAGAAGAGCAAAGAGGAAAUAAUUCUUCCAUUCCCUCACAUGAAGUACUUUCAUCCGUCAUUAUUUCAAGUUCUUCAUCUCAGCAUCCAACAGACCACAAACAGCCAGCGUGUGUUUUUGCACGCUCGCAUUCAAUUCCAUGUACUUCUGGUAUUUACGGAAACAAGCAAAACUUGUCUGAACCAGCUAGCACUUCACAAGUAAACCACUCUUUUCAGAAUGGCACAAAGCAAAACAAUUUUACUCAACUGAGGCAUGCUGUAGUAACAUCUGGAGAAAACAGACACCUUUCCACAUUUAAGAGACAUCGGUCUGACCCAGGAGCAUUUAGAAACAAAGUGUUCAUAGCACCACAGCCUGCAGUGAAGUGUUCUGCUGCUGAGAUUGAGAGAAAGAAGCAGGAAGCUAUCGCAAGGAGAAGAUUGCGACUGCAAACCACUCAGAAGCUUGCAGCUCACACAUAACCCACCACAGAGGAGCCUGACUUCUUAAUGAAUGCCUUCUGCCAUCUGACAAGAUUAUGUCUCAGGAAUCUGUGUAAUGGAUUGUUGCCAACUGACUUUUUUGCAAUUAUUUUUCUUUCCUCUUGUUGCUGCAGACCAUCAUCAUACGUUAUUAACAUAAACUAGUGUGUCAAAACAUUUCAGCCUUUUUGUUGAGUAGUGUUAAAAAAAAAAGUUUUCACAUUUUUAGUCCAAAUUAAAUAAUGUGACACAAGAGGUGAAUAAUUAAGAAAUAAGUUGGAGAGGACUAAUACAGUUUCUCUUUGUUUUUUCUUGACUAGUAAAAUACUUAUGUCUGUUUCUAUGUAUGUGUUUUCUAUCCCAUAACAGUGGCUAUUAACUCUGUUAAUAACAGAGGUUUCCUGUUCAAAACUGUACAUUUGAUAAAGAUUACCAAAGCUAUUGAUUUAUGUUCUUGGGACAGACAAAAUCUAUUUCAAUUUUAAUUUCCAAGGAUAUUGAGUUGAGGCUGCAGGGGCAUAUGAAAGGAAAACCAUGUGAAAAGAAGCAAAUAAUGUACAUGUGCACCUCAUAAAAACUAUUUAAUCCA